GUAAACAAGACUACAAGAAGACCAAGUCAGAUCUGAAGUUGACGAGGUUGAGGGCUGAGGCGAAGAAGAGUGCUCCUGGAAUAAGGGAUGCUUUCCUGGUCAUCUUAGCCAUCCUGGUGUUCAUGCUCUGUGUGUACGCCUUCUUCUACCUCAACCUGAGCACUGAACUGGACAUGGACCUGGAUGUGGACUAAAGCAGGACAACUUAACCUCAGGGUCUUGCUGGGCUAUAGUCAGGCUCUGUCAACGUAGCUCAUUGUCUCAUCUGGAUGCAAAUUUGACCCCAUAUUGUUUUUAAUUUUCUUUGCCUGAUUCCAUGUCGUUUUUUUCCUUAUUUCUGUUUUCUCCAUUUUUGUUUUUCCCAGUUUUUUUAUUUUAACUUUUUUUAUUAUUUUUUGGGGGGGCUUUUGUUCUCAAAAUCACACUUUUAUAGAACAUUCCAUUUUAGUUGUGGUUCUAAAUCCAGACCACUUGAGGUCUGGGAAAAAUAAACGAAUAUAUAAUUUUCGAAGCAAGUGCACACCAGCAAUAGACUGUUUGAUAAGCAAUGACACUGUAGCCUUCAUGUGAUGGCGGAGUUUGCAAAACAAUUGGCCACUGCAUUGUUGCAAAUAAUCAUAUCAUUCUGCCAAUUAGGAAUAGUCUACUUUUUGUAGUUAACAUUUAAUUGAGAAGUUAUUUUGGGGGAAGGAAAGCUUUACCAUCUACCAAGAAGACGGUUGACAUUGCAUUAGCAUCAUCGCUAACAGCUACACAAAGCGGUAGAGAAAUGCGCGAACACAGACAGAGAGGCAGUCCUGUUGCCUCUUCAGAAAUAUAAAUCACUGAUGCAUUUUAUUCAUGUCUUUAUAGUAAUGCUGAGAAUAUUAAUGAAUGUUAUAAGUUCAAUAAAUGUUGGAAUAUUGUCUUAAUUCCGUUUUUAA